AUGCGCUUUGCCAAGAAGCACAACAAGAAGGGCCCGAAGAUGCAAGCCAACAACGCCAAGGCCAUGAGCACACGUGUUAAGGCCAUUAAGGCCCUUGUAAAGCCCAAGGCGGUCAAGCCCAGCACCCCAAAGUGUGGCAGCCACAGGCCCAGUCCAUUUGCCUACAUUGCUCACCCCAAGCUAGGGAAACGUGCUAGUGCCUGCAUCACCCAGGCUCUGCGGGCCAAAGCCCACGGCCAAGGCUCAAACCAAGCCCCAGCUUUGGAUCCAGCUCCAGCUCAGGCUCAGGCUCAGGCUCAGGCUCAGGCGUAG